ACGCACCUCUUGCAGAGGAAUUUGAGCAUUAGAGGUGCUGCUGGUUUGAUUCUGAUUUCUGCUGCCACAAGGAGAGCAAGAUUUCACAAUAAGACUGUUGCACACGAGAGCAGACAGCCACAGAGACGAGCUCCUGCUCUGUAGGAGGCUUGUCCUGAAGCUUCAGAGCGCCUGACGGGAGCUCUGUGAUCUGCAGGGGUCUUCGGGAGGUCUGCGGCUGCAUCCACUUCCAUGCACCUUGACCUCAGGUUCUGAGGGAGAGGAGGGAUGAGGAAGAACUACAGCGCCAUCCCGCUCAUCUAUGUGACUGAGGCAGAGCGCAGCGGCUUGGAUGCCAACAUCCUCAGCAUCCCGGUGCCCAUUCGCCGUGGCGGCUCGGAGUCCAACCUGGAUGUGGUGGACAGCGUUGGAGUCGAUGGCAUCGGGGUGGAUUUUACAAAGGGAGCGCUGGGCAUUGACAAGCUGCAGCAGAAGAUCCUCAAGGUGACGGAGCAGAUUAAGGUGGAGCAGGAAGCGCGGGAUCAGAACGUGGCGGAGUACCUGAAGCUGGUGAACAAUGCCGACAAGCAGCAGGUGUCCCGGAUCCGUCAGGUGUUUGAGAAGAAGAACCAGAAGUCUGCACACUCCAUCGUUCGGCUGCAGAGGAAGCUGGAGCAGUACCACAAGCGCAUGAAGGACAGAGAGAGCAACGGGAAGCACAGCCACAAAGAUGGCAGCAGCAAAGAGUCGGGGAGUCACAGCAAGGAGGGCAGCCUGCGGGACAUCAGCUCCUCCGGGCGUCACCCCACCCUGGACAAAGUUAAAACCAUCGGGCCCGGCGUGUCGCUCUCGCCGCCGUUCUUCUUCAACAAGCCGCGGGACAUCGCCAACCUCAUCAGGAAUAAGUUCGGCAGCGCCGACAACAUCGCCCACCUGAAGAGCUCUAUGGAGGGCGGGACGGGUUUGCAGGCGGAGGGCGCCUCCAGGGGCCUGAGCGGCAGCGCCACCAUCGUCGCUAAACCCACAAAGUACCAGAGCGACGACGAGUGCUCCACUGGGACGUCCGCAUCGGCCGAUUCAAACGGGAACCCGGCGGGAGGCUCGGGGACCGGGUCGGGAGGUCCUGGGAGGUCCGAAUCCAACGGACGCCUAGUGGAGGUGCUGGACAUGGUGCGGGAGGUCCGGGAUGCUCAGGCACAGCUGGCUGAGGACAUGGAGGCUAUGAACACGCAGUUCAAAAGAGACUACACCUAUUUUACUCAGGUGAUGCAGGAGGAGAGAUACAGGUAUGAGCGCUUGGAGGACCAGUUAAAUGACCUGACGGAGCUCCACCAGCACGAGACCAGUAAUCUGAAGCAGGAGCUGGCCAGUAUCGAGGAGAAGGUGGCCUACCAAGCCUACGAGAGGGCCAGGGACAUCCAGGAGGUCCUGGAGUCGUGUCAGACCCGCGUCUCCAAGCUGGAGCUGCAGCAGCAGCAGCAGCAGCAGACGGUUCAGCUGGAAAACACCGACGCCAAGGUCCUGCUGGGCAGGCUCAUCAACAUCAUGCUGGCCAUCGUCACCGUCCUCCUGGUGUGCGUCUCCACGGCGGCGAAGUUCACCGCGCCGCUGCUGCGGAGCCGCCUGCACAUGGCGUUCACCUGCGUGGGCGUGUCCGUCCUGGUGCUGCUUUGGAAGAACUGGGAACAGGUGGAGUUCACCUUGGACCGGUUGAUCCUCCCACACUGACGAGGGAGGGAGUUUACAUGUAGCCUUACACCGCAUCAGUCCGGGGCGCCGCACAGAGAGCCUUCCCCAGAAUGCACACACACUAACCGGAUUAGCUGAAGAGGAAAUCAUCACGAGCGAAGCUUUUAUCAGGAAGUAUCAGGACCUCUGGGGGGGUCGAGGCCCUCAGGAUGCCUCCAAUGAACCAGCCAGCUGUAA